CGGCUCUCGCCCAGAACACCAAUCUGAUCUUCUGGUGUGCCUGAUCUGAGCAAUCCACUACUAGCGUUUACAUCAUCGGCCACUUGCCCAGAGCGGAUAAUCGGGGCGUUUGUCUCGUUUGUUGCGUCCUACCUAAUCUAAGCCUUGAUUUUAUGUAACUGUGUGGAUCUCAUGAUUCCUGGCAGGAGUCGUACCCGCGGGUCCAGAUUAUUUGAGAAGCAAAGGCAACGCGGACGUCGACGUUGCAGCUUUUAACGUUCAUCGUCUUCAAGUUGACUGAGCGCCAAGCGUGUUGAUAAUCGACAAGUGCCGACGGAUAAUUGACUGGAUAAAAUCACACAAUGAGGACUGGCACCUUUACGACGACCACCUUUUCCCUCAUCUUUCUCCUUCUCAUCUCCCAAGUUCAAAGCCUGAUCCACAGCAUCUCCGCACCCACAAAAGUUCUCCACCCAGGCGAAAGGUUCAUCGUAACAUUCCACACAACCCCUUACAUCCAAAGCAACCAUCAAUUCUACGCUCUCUUCGGUAUAGGGUCCUUCCCAGCCCCUGCCGUAUCCUUCCUAGGACUUCCCAUUCCAGCCGUAGCUCCCGUUCCUGGUGCAGAUGGCGGAUUGGGGUUGCGUAACCUUUUCAGUGGACCUAGCGGGAAGGGGAAAGCGGGGAUCGAUAUUGGUGGUAUAGAUCUUUGGGAGGCGAAUUUAGGGAACGUUGGAAGUUUGAAGGGAUUCAACGUGACGUUGAGGUUACCUGUGGAUUUAACUUUGGGUACGAAAAAUCGAGUGAAGAAGGUUGUGCUUCAAACCGGUGUGCUUGGAAUGGUGGGAGCAUCUGGGUUGACGACGCUGUCCUUCUUCAACACUACGAUUAACAUCAAGUCUCCUUAACCCCCCCUUCCUCUAACAAAUUUCUAACGCGUUUUCAUCGACGGCGUUUCCCUGAAACUAAAUUCGUGUAUAUGUAAAUUGCCCAAGUGCUCGUUUUUUGGUUCUACUUACCAGCCCCGUCCUACAUGCAACACCCGAUUAUGUAUGUAUCACAGCUCCCGUACAUUAUGUAAAUUCCUUUCCAUCGGAUCGGUUGUUCUUUUAUUCAUUUUUUGUUUGUCUGUACAUGGGACCGCGAACAAGAUCUCGGGCAGGCUUUGGACGUCCUACCGCCGAACCUGAGGGAAAAAAUGGGGGGGAUUACAAGUACAAUGGUUUACCGCUGUGAAUC